AUGUCGACCCAAUCACCUCACCCUCCUACGCCCAAGGGCCCUCGCAACGGCAAUCCCAAUCACCACAAUAACAACGCCAACGCCAAUAACAACCGAAGAUCUUCUAAGAAAAACACAAACACAAAUUCUACUCCCCACGUUCAGAAGGUUGCCAUGCUCAGCACUCCACCCUCAUCGCCCCCACGGAAUAUCAGCCCAGGUGUCGCGACCGAUUCGUCCGCCAACAUGCACUCCAAGAAGAAGCAGCCGCCGCGCUCAGUGAAGAAACUGCCCAACGGCAAUCGCGCUUCACCUGCGCCCAAUGGUGGGAAUGGUCAUCAGCGCCAAGUAUCUCAGCCAAGCAAUACCCCCGCUAAGGAUGCCGCCUACGCUGGUCCAACUUUUCAUGCAUCCCCCGCCCCGUCGGCUCUACCGAUGCCGAGCUUCUUUUCCAAGUCCUAUCCCGAAUCCGAUCUCCCGACUACCCUUGAGACCGAUAGUGAAGAGAACGAGCCAGUCUCGGAGACUACUCCGUCGAAACCUCGCGCUGCUCGCCCCCAACCGCAACAGCAACCGCAACCCCAGACUCAGUCCCAGCCUGCGGCCCAGCACAUACCUUCACCCAUUGAUUUCCUCUUCGAAGCCGCCAAACGAGCACGCAACCCUGACUCAAACCCACUGGCCAGUCCUGAGGCGGCAGCCGCUCGCUUACGUUCCCCGCAGACGGACUCCAAGGCCCUCCAUGGCAACAACAACACCGGUGGCGGCAUGUUCGCCUUUGAGAUGGGGUCUCCCGAGCUUCCCCUCUCUCAUACACAGUCCCAGCCCGCAUUGAACACCAUGGAAGAUCAACGCCGGCUGAAGACUGAGGAACUGAAACACCUGCUGCUCAACCCGCGACCACAGAAGCCACCAUCGUCGCUGUCUCCUCCGCAUGAAAGACAAAGUCCCGGGCCUAGACCCCACACCAGCGCCAAUGUUCCUCAUUACGCAACACCUAUGCGAACCACCUCCGGCCCACCCUCCACCAUGUCUCAUGGUCCCUCGCAGCCUCCACCCAUGCCAGGCAACUAUGCGUACGGACAGCAUCUGAACAACUCGCAGCCGAACUUCCGCAACACGAACUCGCCGCUGCGCCGUGAGCUCCCGCAUAACUCGGCUGGCUCCUCGCCAGCUCCGUAUGCGCAUUAUUACAAUGCGCCGGCCCCGCAGCAUGCAAGCUACGUCUCUCCUCAGCCGCAGUACACGAAUGCCGCAUUCCCCAUGCCUACGCAUUCGCCUUCGCCUACCAAGUCCCUGGAGACGAAGCAGAUCGAGGAUGAUCUGCGCCGCGUGUUGAAGAUCGGUGGGCCUGGGAUACCGUCCGGUGGGAUGCAGAGUUCUUUUGCGGCUUAA